AAUUUAGUGACGUGGAAUCAUUUAAUGAUAAGUUUCUGGUAUAUUUCAAUCACGCGAAACUGUGGUGACGUGCCGUUUACGACUAGACAGCAUUAAGUCGUAUUACAUACACAUAACGUGAUACUGCUGUGUAGAGCUGAAAACGGUCAAACGAAUGGACUAAAUUUGUGUUCACCAAUAAGAAAUCAUUAUACAGAGAAAAAUAAAUAAAUUGUGUUGGAGAUAUUGUGUUUUUAACCGUCCAAAAUGGUUUUAAUGACAAUGAUAGCCAGAGUAGGGGAUGGGCUAGCCCUGGCAGCCUCCAUGCAGGAAGAUGAACAGACCGGCAAGAGCCUCACUGAAUACCAAAACCAAGCAAAAAUGCUGUUCCGUAAGUUGAACAACCAAAGUCCUGACAGAUGUACAAUUGAAUCUGGAAGGAUGUUAUUUCACUACAUGAUUGACCAGAGCAUUUGUUACCUUGUGCUUUGUGAACCAAGUUUUAGUAAAAAACUUGCCUUUUCUUACUUAGAAGAAUUAUCAUCCGAAUUCUUUGUACAAUAUGGGAACAGAGUUAACUCAGUAACAAGGCCAUAUGCAUUUAUUGAGUUUGACACAUAUAUACAGAAGACUAAAAAGGCGUAUAUGGAUAGCAGGACACGCAGGAAUUUAAGUGUUGUCUCAUCAGAACUACAAGAAGUUCAAAAGAUUAUGGUUUCGAAUAUUGAUGAUGUUUUGCAAAGAGGAGUUGCUUUGUCAGAUCUAGGAGACAAGGCAAGCAACUUAGCUACAAUGUCAAAGAAAUAUAAGCAAGAUGCUCACUACCUUAACCUGAGGUCUUCAUAUGCUAAGAUUGCAGCCGUUGUCAUCUUACUACUUAUUUUCAUUAUAUAUAUACGAUACUGGUGGCUAUGAAAACUUUCGCACUCAGUAUCAUUGUAUAUAUUGGGGACUUGUUUUAUUUCUUCUAGGUUUUAAAACCAGAUUUCAGAGCACCCAGGCCUAUAGUUUAUUACAUUUAUUUUGUAUUUAAAAUUAUUUUGGGUAAAAAGUAGCAAAAACUGCCAAAUUAUACAUUUCGUGCCAAUCUGGAACGGGCUUUUAAAACCAGAACUUUCUGAACUAAAAGUUAGUUAAGAUAACAUAGCUAUAUCUGAAUUGACUCUUAUAUUGUAAACUUCUUUAAAUGCCAUAGUAAAUAAUGAAACGCCGUUUUAGUAAACUUUAUAUAUCUAUUAAUAAGCUUUUGGAACAACGUUUGGCCAAAAUUUAGCUAAUUUAUGCCUACAAGGCACAAAACUUCCCUAUUAAGAAAAAACUAAAUCACUUUUAACGAAGCAUCGUUUCUGCUUCUUCUUUCAAAUUAUAUCUUAUUCACUGUAUAAUUAUUGUACAGUAGUAACAUAGGAGUCAUCUAUUUCUGUUUCAAGACAAUGUUAUGCUGCUUGGUGUGGUAGCCAUGGAAUUAUAGGAUGUUUUGUGCAAUAACGGCAACUUAGAAAUUUAGUAGGGUGGGGAUAAGAUGGGACACCUUUUUAUUCUGUUUUCCUCGUCCCAUUUAGUAGUAAGCAAAAAAAACAUUCAAAGAAUUAUAAAACCAUAUCCUUACUACUCUCAUAGACCGUUGUUAACUGUUGAAAGCACGAUCCGAAUAUUUGGAUAUUAUGUGCUAAAGGUGUCCUGUCUUUCCCCACCCUACUAUAUAACAUAGCAUCGUAUGAAUGUAACUCAUGUAAUAUUUAAGUUGUACUUUCACAUAGACCAAUAAUUGAAUAUUUUAUGCUGUUGUUGCAUUCGUAAAGUUAGCUGCAAGAAUUUACAAGGCUGUAUUUAAUAUACCAACACUUCAAAAGCA